AUGACCAUGGUCGCGGAUAUCGUUUCUCUGGCUGCGCAAGUUGCACGGAAUCUCUACCGAUCAGGGCAGUUGCCGCAUUGGCUCCCUUUCAGUUCCUCACUCACUGAGGCCGACAACCCCAGACUCUCGCCUGCUCUCCUUCGGUCCAUGAGCUCAUUCGGGGUAAUGGAUCCGCAAUUCUUUGCUAUGCCUACCGCUGAUUGGGACAGACAAAUCACGGAACGAGCCAAGGAAAAUGCACAGGAAGCCGCGAACUUUGAGCGUACUGACCAAACCCAGGACAGGGAGUCCAGCAACUAA